CCACCAUUUCAUUCUCAUCUCAUCCUCUCUCUUCCUCUCUCGUGUUUUUUUAUCUCUGUUCCUUCCGUUGAUCGGCGAGGUUGUGGCCGUAGAUCCACAGCUCAAUCUGCUACGAUUUAGCUUAGCAGCCAAAGAACUCCUAGACAUAGCGUACUGUUUGCGUUAGAAUUUUUGGUUCCAACUUGUUUAGAAUUUUUGAAUAGUGGUUCAUAGUCCCAAUGCAAGGGCCAAGGGGUGCUCUCGGUUCCUUGCCUGAAACCUUAGGCUUUGAUCAUGGCUCCACGUCAAGUGAUACUGGUUUAGACCAGCAGAUUUGCUGGAAUAAUAUUCGGAGUUCUGCACCAAACCGCCUGUCAGAUUAUGCAAUGUCACCUGGUGACACAAGCAUUACCUAUAUGAAUUCUAUUAGUGAAGAAGGGCAGAACUUCAGUGGAUGGAUAGGUGAGCCCAGCUCUAGUACAAUGCAAAGCCAGGUCAGUCAUAAUGAGCAGAAAACAGAACACGGAUGGUCAUCAUCAAUGAGAGCUUGUGGUGGAGCUGGCCCCAUAUUGGAAGGACAGCAACAUGAUCCAGCUAAUAUUCUUUCACCCAGUAAUGCUAAUUUAAAUCCAAGUGCCAAUCAGAUUGCGAAUGGGCCUUUUUUCUUGCAAACUUCUAGAUCUAAUUCUAUUCCCCAGGACCUUAACAUAAAUUCAGCAUCUAUGGAACCUGGGGGUAAUGAUUGCCAAGUCUUAGGAUGUCCUACUGGUGGGUCAGAUAACAUGCAAGUUCCAUCUGUUACUAGUUCUUCUGAUCCUCCUGAGUUACCUUCUGGAAGUGGUGGAUAUUUGGUGGAGGAAAUUGAUGAGCGCAUGGGUUGUUCCUUUGAGGGUCGGCGCUUAUCCUGUAAAAGAAAAGCUAUUGAAGGAAAUGUUGGACAAUCUUCUGGGAGUGGCUGUUCAAACUAUUUCCAGCCUUCAGGAGGAAUUGGAUGGCAUAGUGCCACUCCUCACUUUAAUGCUGGCAGCAGCUUAAGUAUACCUAUGUCAUCAGGAAGCACAUUUAUUAGUCCUUCAGAGCAGGUAAACCCUCCCAAUCUUGGACUAGGUGUUGGAGGAGCAGCACCUGAAAGCUCUCUUACUUUGAAUCCAGCAGGAAGUGCAGAAAGUUCCCGGCGGAAUUUCCGCUUAAGGAUUAAUGUUUCACAUCAACAAGAUUCCACCACCAGUAAUGUGUUUCCAACAGAGAAUGCUUCUGGGCAUUCAAAUGUUCCAUCUUCCCACCACAUACCAAGACUCCAUCUUAGUAAUUCUUCGGACUUGAGGUCAGCACCAGCAGAUGUUAGAAAUCCACAAGGUCAGUCUGCUGUUGUGCGCGUUCCUGCUUUGAGACGAAAUCUGCAAUCAUCUAGGUGGAAUGGGGGUUCCGCCUUGAGACAUGGCAGUUCGAGUUAUGUGGCUGCUGCGGAAAGAGAUGGCCCACUUGAGUCCAACUCAAGAAGCAUACCGAGAAACUUGUUGGAACAUCCUAUUUUUGUGCCUGCGACAGAGAUGAGAAAUUCAGCUCAAAAUCCAAUUAACUGGAGUCUUGCUGGUGGAAACCCAAGUGUUGCUGGAAAUAUUGCUUCCACUUCCCGAACUGGCUCGGUUUCAGGAAGACAUUCAUCAUCUGCUCCUAACUGGGUUUCUCACCGCAGUGCCCCGCAAUACCCACGCAGACUGUCGGAAUUUGUUCGGCGAUCUUUGUUGUCCUCUGCUACUUCUGAUUCUGUGGCCCAUAACAGCAAUUAUUCCCCAAUACCAUCAGGUCCGUCUGCUUCCUCACAAGUGGCGGCAAUUUCAUCUGGAGCUGCUAACCAGGGGCAUCAUCUGCCGCACUCAAGGCCAGCAAUUCCAUUGGAGAGACAGGUUGAUGGUGCUUUUGGGAUUCCUUAUUCCAUGCGAACUUUGGCUGCUGCCAGUGAAGGAAGAAGCAGGCUAGUGUCUGAGAUUCGCAGUGUCUUGGAUCUAAUGCGAAGGGGCGAGGGCUUGCGAUUUGAGGACGUUAUGAUCCUUGAUCAGUCAGUCCUUUUUGGUAUGACUGAAAUUCAUGAUCGGCAUAGAGAUAUGCGGCUUGAUGUUGAUAACAUGUCUUAUGAGGAGUUACUGGCGUUGGAAGAGCGCAUUGGAAACGUAUGCACUGGCUUAAGUGAAGAAACUAUUUUGAAUCAUCUGAAGCAACGGAACUAUAUAUCCAGUAAAACUGAAGGUCAAGUGGAGGCAGAACCAUGCUGUAUAUGUCAGGAGGAAUAUAAUGAUGGAGAUGAUCUCGGAAUGCUCGAGUGUGGUCAUGAUUUCCACAGUAGCUGUAUUAAACAGUGGUUGAGGCACAAGAAUUUGUGCCCCAUCUGUAAAAAAACCGCGUUUCCUAAAUGAAAGAAGAUCAGUAUUCCUGGCGAUUACUUGGGCGCCUGAUUGGAUAAGGUGGGUGGAGGGCUCCUAAAAUGUAUUAUUCUGCUUAGUAUGGUUGACUGAUACCACUAGGUUGAUAAUAUCCAACACCCCC